AUGUCUUCUGCCAACCAGCAACAGCCCCUCGUCUCGGUCAACGAUCCCGCCAACAUCGCCCCACAGCCUCACAACCUACCACACAACCAGCACCAACCACACCAGCAGAUUCCCUCCAUUCCGGCGUAUAACAACCCAACUUCCAACCCUGCUGCAUCACAGGCAGUUGCGAACCAUCCAUCUACUGCCGCUGUCGUCGUCCCCUCCAAGCCCGCCGCCGGCCAGCAGCCGCACGCCGCCGCAUCUCAUCUCGCUUCUGCCAACUCGGCCGGAACCUACAGCUCCACCUCUCUCCCGCUUGCCAUUGCGGCUCAGCAACGCAAGCUCAGUGGACGCUAUGCCUUGGCCGACUUUGCCGUAGAGAGGACCCUCGGCACCGGCAGCUUCGGCAGGGUUCACCUGGUCAGGAGCCGUCACAAUCAGAGAUUCUACGCGAUAAAGGUCCUGCGCAAGGAUCAAGUCGUCAAGAUGAAGCAGGUCGAGCACACGAACUCUGAGCGAGCUGUCCUAUCCAUUGUCCGACAUCCUUUCUUGGUCAACCUGUGGGGAACCUUCAAGGACCCCACCUUCCUUUAUAUGGUCAUGGACUACGUCCCCGGCGGCGAGCUCUUCACCCUCCUGCGCAAGUCGCUCCGCUUCCCGCACCCCGUCGCCAAGUUCUACGCCGCAGAGGUCGCGCUCGCGAUCGACUACCUCCACCAAAACAACAUCGUCUACCGUGACCUCAAGCCCGAAAACAUCCUUCUCGGUGCAGACGGCCACCUCAAAAUCACCGACUUUGGGUUCGCCAAAUACGUCCCAGACGUCACUUGGACGCUCUGUGGUACUCCCGACUACCUGGCGCCAGAAAUCGUCAGCUCCAAGGGAUACAACAAGAGCGUAGAUUGGUGGGCGCUCGGAGUGCUGCUUUUCGAGAUGCUUGCUGGGCAUCCGCCGUUUUUCACCGAGGAUGGCAACCCGAUCAAGCUGUACGAAAAGAUCAUUGCGUGCAAGGUUCGAUACCCUCCCUAUUUCGAGGCUGGCGUAAAGGAUCUCCUCAAAUCCCUGCUGACGGCGGACCUCUCCAAGCGGUUCGGCAACCUCCAUCGCGGAUCCAAGGACAUUUUCGAGCACCUCUGGUUCGCCGAGGUGGACUGGGACCGCCUGUACCGGCGAGAUAUCCCCGCACCAUACCUCCCAACGGUCACUGUCGAUGGCGAUUCCAGCCAAUUCGAGAGGUACCCGGAGAACGACAUCUCCGACUACAACCGGCCGGACCUCCCGGACAAGUGGGGCGACCUCUUUCCGGACUUUUGA